AUGCCGCCACCGCCCAUGCUCUCAGCCUGUGUGCUCUCACUUACAAUUGGUUGUGCAUCGAAUGUCGCCGCUCAGAGACUGAAGGCAUACAUGGAAGAUGUGCCCUUCGUCUUCGACUACACGCUCUUCUACCAGCUCACCGCAAUGGGCUUAAUCACGACGCCGAUCAACUACUACUGGCAAAAGUGGUUGGAAUACAUGUUCCCUGGCGAGAAGCUAGUUAAGCGGAGGCGCACUCCAUCGAGCGACGACGUAGAGAAAGGCGCCUUCAUGAGAGACGACGGCGAGGACAAGCGGGCGAUAGACGAAGAAGUCUACGUGCGCAGCUGGGGCAACGUGGUCAAGAAGACCAUCGCUGAUUCAAUGACGGGCGGUGCCUUGCUCAACACAACCAUGUUUCUUGUAUUGCUCGGGCUCAUGCAGGGCAAGACCGCAGCACAGAUUGGCAAAGACAUCCGCGAGGAAGAGCUGACCAUCAUAUGGAACUCGUACAAGAUCUGGCCGCUUGCCAACAUGGUCAGCUUCGCUUAUGUGCCCGUCGAGCGCCGAAUUGUCUUUCUCAGCUUCUUCGGCUUACUCUGGAGUAUCUACAUGACAUUGGUUGCUUCGCGACUCUCAGCAUAA